AUGAGGGAAUCAUAUCCCCGCAAGAAGAUCGUCGUCGCCCUCACUGGCGCAACAGGUGCCCAAAUCGGCAUCCAUAUCCUCCAGACCCUCCGCCGCCUCAAUGUCGAAACACAUCUUAUCAUCAGCAAAUGGGCAGCCGAAACGAUAAAAUACGAAACAGACUACACCCCAUCAGCCGUAAAAGCCCUCGCCGACCAUGCAUACAGUUCUCACGACCUCGCUGCGCCGAUAGCCAGCGGGUCGUACCGGGUGGACGGCAUGAUUGUGGUCCCAUGCUCCGUAAAGACCUUGGCCGCGAUCAACGCCGGAAUCUGCGACGAUCUGAUAACCAGGGCGGCCGAUGUGUGUCUGAAGGAGCGGAAAAGGCUGGUCUUGUCGGUGAGGGAGACGCCGUUUAGUGAAAUCCAUCUGAGGAACAUGCUGGAUGUCACGAGGGCGGGAGCAAUUAUCGCGCCGCCUGUUGUUGGCUUUUAUACAAAGCCUUCGGGCAUAGAUGAUAUCUUGGAUCAAAUGGUUGGAAGAUUGCUGGAUUUGUUUGACUUGGAUUCGAGAGCUUUCGAGAGGUGGGAGGGAAUGGGCAAGAAUGCAGCGAACAGCUAG